GAAAUCUACACCUCUGUCCACACAGAUUAAUGUGAACACUUUGGAUCAUGGAUUUCAAUUCACUGUAUACGUAUGUCUGUCAGUUUUUCCUCUGUAUGCAGAUCAUCUGGGCUUUGGAUAGGGUGACUCUCCUGAAUCCUCCAGAGGAACCUGUACCGGAUCACCUUCUGAAAAUACUUUAUUCUUGUGAUGAACCUGCCACAGUAGAGCUGGACUCUGUUGUAUAUUUCGAAACUGGCACCAUGUCCACAUUCCUGCUCAGACAGUGGCGUUGCAUCCCCGGUGAGCCUAGAAUAAGGACGCUGAAGCUCAUCCUCCCAGACUGGUUGGUGUAUCAGGCUGAUGGGAUUGUUCCAGACUCCCAGUGGGUGCUGAGCUGUUUGCUCCGAGUGAUGGUCAGAUACAGUGGAUUUGGAGACGCUGAGUGGGCCAUCGCAGCUCGGGAUGUAGCGUCUUUAGAGCCUAAGCCGUCAUUCAGUCGACCUGUAAAACAACAUCAACUGUGCUUUUCCUGGAGUUCACAGAUGGUGCGACUGACUCCAAAGUUUUUAAGGAAAAUAUGUCCCGUGGAGCAAGAAACUGUCAAUUUACUGUCCUCAGUUUUUGCUUCAUCUGGUGGGAGCUUUGGUAUCACAAAGACACUUGUCCCCUUCAACAAUGAGGUUCUGGAGUAUUUUCGUGUUGAGGGCAUCUCUUUUCCAUGGUGUAUGUUUUCCAUGUGGAUAUUUGUGACCAAACACUGCCAGGAAAGGUUAUGUGGUGUGUUUUAUCAUAUAGACUCCCAUAAUAACUAUGCCACACCAGCAGUGUUCCUCACUUAUUCAGGGAAGCUCCAUGUCCAAGUAACUGGAGAGUCUGGAGACUCUUCUGCAUUUCUUUCUCCAUUUAAGGUGCCUUUAAACGAAUGGUGCCAGCUUCGUGUGACGUUCCAAGGUAGAACAGUGGCUGUAUCCAUUGUGUGCACUGAAAAGGAGCAGAGGAAGUUUGAGCCUUCAGAAUACACGUUUAGAUUUACUCCUGUACUGGACGACACAGAUGGAUAUUUUGUGGUCGGUGGAGGCAGAUAUAUAAGAGGAGUAGAAGGUUACUUUGGACCACUGGUGCACUACCGCAACAGAAUACCAGCACACAGCAUGUCUGAGGCUGCUGUUCCAGAUGUUAUUAAGAAUGUGAACCUGACUGGAUGGCUGCAGACCUGCCAACAAUUUAGUCUCGAGUUGAGGAUGAAAAUCAAUGGCUAUUUACUCAAGGAUAAACAGAGGGCAGAGUCUGAGAGCUGCUUUAAUACUUUCUAUAAGUGGACACAUAUGGACAGGAUCCCAUCAGACUCUCAGUGUGAACUUUGGGAAGCAUCUGCCUCUCAUAGAAAUCAAGCUGCAAAACUGGCCAAGUUACUGGUUCUCAAAUAUGGAGAGACAGGAGUUAGUCUGCCAGCUGUAGGCAGAGCCCUGUAUCAGUUAUCACUUCAUAAGCUGGGCAGAGGCAGCACCUCUGGCGUGGUCAGCAGAAUAUUACCACUGCUGCUCCAAGCUGGCUGCUUGGCUGAUAACCGGGCACUGCACAUGUCAGCGGUCUUCUACAGUGCUGGUCUGGGGGUCAGAAAGCAGCCCAAUAAGGCUUGGUUACUAUCCCUCCUGGCAGCCCAGAAAGACUACAGAUUAUCUCUUCUGCAUCUUGGGCACAUGCAUCACCAAGGGCUUCAUGGUGUUGGCACAGAUCCAGACUUGGCCUAUGCAUAUUAUGCAAACAUUGCCAAACAAACAACAAUAGAUCGACAUAAACCUUCGCCAGAGCAGACAUUUGUUGAGGCUAUUUACCUCAACAAUGAAGAGGUUCUGAACCAACAAACCAAUGAGGAGCACCAUAUAUUUCAAUGGCUGAAGCUACAGGCACGUAGGGGAGCAGCUGAUGCUGAGCAAUCAAUUGCCCGAAUGCUGUUCUGGGGUCAGCAGGGGGUGUCACCAAACAUCCAGAAGGCUGUGAGACACUAUGAACGAGGAGCCGUGGAAUUAGAAGACCCAGUGUCAAUGUAUGAUUAUGGAAUUGUUCUUCUGCAGGGACAUGGAGUUGAACAAGACAUUCCAAAAGCCAUCACUUUUCUCAAAAAAGCAAUGGACCAGGGUUUCGCUCCUGCCAUCAGUGCCCUGGCCUGGUAUUAUGAGCAGUUUGAGCAGAACUAUGAGAAGGCUGUAGAACUCUGGGAACAGGCAGAUCUCCUGGAGAACCCAGAAGCUGCUCUGAAUCUCGGUGUGAUGUACUCACAGGGUUUGUAUCCAGGAAAAGCUGCUGACCAGUAUCUGGCCUAUCAGUACUACCUAAAGUCUGCAAGGAGGGGGCACAUCAGGGGGGCAGUUCUGGUGGCAGAUAUUUGGAUCAUUGGGAUUCCUGGGCGUGUCAACAGACGACCAUUAGAUGCCAUGUUAUGGGUUAAGUGGGCAGCUGAGCACAACGGAUACCUGGGUUCCAUCUUACGGAAAGGACUGGAGUCUUAUCUCAAGAGUGAUAUGUUUAACUCACUCUUAUUCUACAUGAUGGCAGCUGAGUCAGGGUAUGCAGCAGCCCAGUUUAAUGUGGCAUAUUUAUGUGAACAAAAUAUGGGAAAUUUUCUGGAUCCAGCUUUUGCUUUGCAUUGCGUGUGGGAAUAUUACAACCGUACAAUCCACAGUCAAAAUCCAGAUACUUACGCCUUGAUAAAGAUGGGUGACUUAAUGUUUGAGGGGCAAGGCAGAGGGUGGAAAGACUUAUUUUCUGCAGCUCAGAUGUACAAAGAAGCAGCACUGAGGAAUGACCCACAGGGGUGGUACAGCCUUGGACUCCUUGUUGAAGAGGGUUAUAAACUUCCAAUGCUUAUAUUCACUGAACUGGGCCUUUCAGAUCUGUACUUACAGGAAAACAGUUUGCUUCUGAAUGCUCUGUAUAAAAGAUGCAGAGAUUCAGAAGAUCCAGAUUCUUUCUUACCUUGCAGCCUGGCCCUCUUCAGAGUGUAUCUACAGUCAUUCCUGAAGGACAACAGUGCUGCUAUUAUGUACUCCACCGCUUUUGUCGUGGCUGCAGCUCCAACAAUAUUCUUCAUCAUCCUUGACCUGUUCAGGGGGCAUGUCUUUUCUUUCAGCUAGAAGUAUCACAGUCCAUCUAAAAUGCAACAAUAGUUUUUUUUUUAACUUUCAAUACGUUCGCCAAGGGAUCAUGUGAUUGUUACAAGGUUGCAUGUUUUUCAUAUUUUGUAUUUUUCCUGAAAGCAUUAACUUGCUUGUAAAAUAAUAAAAUGUGAGUUUCUAGAUA